UCCAAGGAGGAUGAGAGGCUCAUUCAAUUUCUUAUGGGGUUGAAUGAGACAUACCCGCAGGCAAGAAGCAACAUUCUCAUGAUCAAUCCACUUCCAAGUGUAAAUCAUGCUUAUUCCCUUUUGAUGCAAGAUGAGAAUCAGUGAGAGGUUCAUUAUCCUCAGUUUCCAAGAGAAGGGUCUUUUUUUCUAGUUGGGAGAAAUGAUUAUGCAGAUAGCAGGAUCAAUUUUGUGAAACCUAGAACUAUGAAUUUUCCUGCGAAAGAGACCUAUAAUGGUAAGAAGUUUUACACAAACUGUAAACUGACUAAUAACACUGUUGAAAAAUGCUAUAGGAUAAUUGGCUAUCCACCUAAUUUAUAGUUCACCAACCCCAAGAAGUCUCAAGGUGUAGUCAAGAGCAACUCUGUUGUUUCUAUAGGAACCACAAUACCACCACAAUAUGUUGAAAAGAGAGAAUUUUUGCCAGCUAUGAGAGAGACAAGUCCUACUAUAAGGGAGGCAAAUCAUGUUGUGAGGAAUAUUAAUCACUUUACGCAGAAACUAUCACCAGGUCAAUAUAAUCAAUUGAUGAGAUUGCUAAGCGAAAUGGUACAAGCACAGGCAGGAAAUCUUGACGUGACUGCAUACUCAGCAGCUGAAACUGGAUACGUUUUGCGGGGCCCUCACAUGAAGAGCCCAGAAGUUUUUGGUGAAGUCAAUCAAAGUCUUUAUGUACUGGAACCUAAUGAAGUUCAAGCCAAGAGUCCUCCUAUAAAACAUGUAGCACCAUCUCUUAAGAAUAGUAUUUCUAGUUCGGUUUCUAAGUGUUUAUCUGAAUCUGUUUUUGCUUCUGUUCCUUUAGCUAUUUCA